UCCCUGUGCUCCGCCAGCCCCGGUCCUGGGCUCCAAGCUGGGCUGUGGGGCGCUGGCACAAAAGGCUGGGGAGCGUGAGACCCUGCUGUGUGUCAUGUGCCUGGGGCCCCAUCUUCAGCACCAGGCUCUGCUUGGGGAGCCUGAGGGCACCUGCUGAUCCCAGGCUCUCUGGGUGUUCCCUCCUCCGACAGGGGGUAGGGAUUUGAAGGUGGGUUGGAGGGAGGUUGUACCCCUGCAUCCCAGGGCCCGGCCUGAGGUGCCAUGGGGAACAUGCUGGCGCCCAUGCCCACCUUGCACAGACCUCUGCGCCGGGAGCAGCCGCUUACCAACCCGGGCAGCUUCGAUGAGCUCCACCGGAAAUGCAAAGAAGUCUUCCCUCAGCAGAUGGAAGGGGUAAAGCUGAUCAUCAACAAAACCCUGAGCAACCACUUCCAGGUCUGUCACACCGUUCACAUAAGCACCAUCGGCCAGUCCUGCUACCACUUCAACACCACUUAUGUGGGAGACCAGCAGUUCAGUCCCACCGAGGUUUUCCCCAUGCUGGUCGGGGACAUCGACACUGGCGGGAACCUCAAUGCACAGGUGCUGCACCUGUUAGCGGAACGGAUCCGCACCAAGGCGGUCUUCCAGACGCAACAGGCCCGGUUCGUGACAUGGCAGUUCGACGGGGAGGUCCGUGGUGACGACUUCACAGCCACACUGACACUGGGCAACCCUGACGUGCUCAGCCAAUCAGUCAUCGUGGUGGCGCAUUUCCUGCAGAGUGUGACCUCGCGGCUGGUGCUGGGCGGGGAGAUGGUGUAUCACCGUCGCCCGGGCGAGGAGGGCGCCAUCGUCACCCUGGCAGGGAAGUACACGGCUCUCAAGUGGGUGGCGACGCUGAAUGUUGGUUAUGGCGGGGCCCAUGCCAGCUACUACCACAAGGCUAACGAGCAGGUGCAGGUCGGGGUAGAGUUUGAGGCCAACACCCGAUUACAGGACACGAGCUUUGCCUUUGGCUACCAGCUCAGCCUGGUGCCUGCCAACAUGGUCUUCCGAGGCUUCCUGGACAGCAACUGGUGUGUGGGGGGCAUCCUAGAGAAGAAGCUGCCGCCCCUGCCCGUCACCCUGGCCCUGGGUGCCUUCCUCAACCACUGGAAGAACCGCUUCCACUGCGGCUUCAGCGUCAUUGUGGGCUGAGGGAUCAGUGCCCUUGGGGCUCCCUGCUCUCGCCCCGGUGGGUGGGAGCACGGCAGAGCCUGGCGCCAGGUGCAUUCUGACUGGUUUGUUUUGUGAGAGCAGGAUCCCGGCCGUGGGCGUGAGACGGGGCCGCUCGCCACCACCUGCGGGGGCCUGCCCGCUGCCUUCCUGCCUCAGGGAGCCUUUGUGCCAUGCAGCCAGCGCCCUGCUGGGACCGGUCUGCAGCCAGUCCCUCUCCAGGGUGGCUGCUGUUGUGUCCAGGGGAGUGUCUGAUACCCCUCCCCCUACAAGCUCCUUCUCUGCACGUGGCCGAGCUGGGGAGGGGAUGUCUUGGUGCUCAGCCAUGGGCAUCUCCCUCUCCUCCCUGUGCAGCGGGACGUGGUGCUGGCUGAGUGCCCCCAGGCUUGGGGUGCAGGUGCUGUAUCUGCACCUGCUUUGUGCCCUGGGCAGGGGGCCCUGUGUUGUGGGGGAGGGGGACUCGGGGCUGCCACUUUGUUUGAUGCCACAUGUUUGGUGGCUUGGAACCCGAUUAAAGUGUUUGGAUUGACA